AUAUUGACAUUAAAUUACAAUGUGUUUUCAUGUCAAUAUAUACCAAUUCACAUUCCAAAAUCCAAAUCCCACUGAAUAGUACAGUAUUUCUGAGUCAUAAGCAGGCUACUUCUUAAGCCUGGCUUGAUGAAACUGAUUUUGAGGUGAACUAAAAUAUUAUCUUGUCUAUUAAAUCGCUUACCUCAGUUUUGCUUUUGCUCAUGGGCUAAAUUUGUGGUGUGGUCACUUUCUUUGGUGGGAAAUGAAAAACAAAACAUGGAGAAUUACAUUUAGACAGACAGACAGACAGAUAGACCGACAGAUAGAUAGAUAGAUAGUCGUUUUGUCGCCACCUGGUGGCACCUCAUUUACUACAAUUAGUUACUGCAGCACUGUUAGCAUAUUCAAAUAUGUUUAUGAGAGUCAGGGUGUUACCUGUUUCAGAACCUGAGUGUAUAUAACUCAAACAGAGCUGCUGAAUCCAUUGACUAUAUGUAGUUUCUUAUGUGCAUGUACUGUAUAUUUUCUUUGUUUUUUGGUCUGACUGUGGUUGAUUCCCUUCAGACUUUCAAUGAUAUCUGUGUGAUUUUAUUUUUUACAUUUACAAAGGAAAUAUUGUGUUUUGAUCCUGCCUAUCAGUUUAUAUCUUCGUAAUGACCUCAAAUGAAACAGACAUUUACUAUGAGAAUGUGUUUCUCUGCUAUCCACUCCUGCCAGACUCCUGUCCAAGAGCUCAUCGUCUUACUGUCCUUAAAGUGGCAAUGUAUGCUUUCAUGGUGCUGAUGAUCCUCAUAACAGUUUUUGGGAAUCUGCUCAUCGUCAUCUCCAUCUCUCACUUUAAACAUCUACAGUCUCCAACACAUCUGAUCGUUCAGUCUCUGGCAGCUUGUGAUUGUCUGCUGGGGUCUUUUGUUAUGCCGUACAGCAUGGUGCGAUCUGUUGAAGGCUGCUGGUAUCUGGGAGAUUUUGUGUGUAAAGUGCAUUCUAGUUUAGACAUGACCUUCAGCAUUUCUUCUAAAAUGCAUCUCGGUUUAAUAUCUGUUGACAGGUACUGGGCCAUUUGUGAUCCUUUAAGGUACAAAAUGAGGGUCACAAACAACACUGUGGCUGUAUUUAGUACCUUCGCAUGGAUGUUUGCAUUUCUCUACAGUUUUUCUAUUGUGUUUUCAGGGGUGAACACAAUUGGCCUGGAGUCGUUUAUCAUGCAGAUUUACUGUGUGGGAAGUUGUGUUCUGUUUUUUAACAAACAGUGGGGUCUUAUUUGCUCAGUUCUCACAUUCUUCCUUCCUGUAACGACCAUGAGCUCUGUGUAUAUGAAAAUCUUACAUGUUGCAAGAAAACAUGAGAAGGUUAUGUCAGAAAGAGCGAUUGUGCCAGCAGCAGGAGGGUUGAAGAGCCAAAGCUCUGCUCAGAGAGAAGGAAAAGCAGCUAAAACUCUGGCCAUUGUCAUGGGUGUUUUUUAUCUCUGCUGGCUGCCUUUUUUUACCGCCACUGCUGUUGAUCCUUUUAUCAACUUUGCGACUCCUGUUGAUGUUUUUGAUGCUUUGGUUUGGUUUGGAUACUUUAACUCCACCUGUAACCCCUUGAUCUAUGGUUUUUUCUACCCUCGCUUUCAGAAGGCCUUCAAGACUCUCAUAUCCACUUAUCUCUGUGGCUCAAGCACCUUGAUACUUGAAUGAAUUUAGCUUUGUUUAUUACAUGUUAAUGCUAUUGUAAGACAUUAUUUGGCCUGGCAUUCAUUUUCUCUGAAAAUCACCAUAAAAAAAAGACUAACCAUCUGGAAGAAAGAUAUUAUUGGAAUAUUGACAAAACUGAAAUAUUGCUUUUUGGGUGCAAAAAUAAAGGGUACUUUUUAAGUGUG